AUGAAUUCAAGGAGGUUUAAAUCUCAUAAAUCAAGAACCAAAGCGAAAAAACCCAAGUUCUUGAGCCUCCGCCUUCAGCUUUCGCCGGAUGUAACUAAAACACCUGAAAAAUCCACUGAAAUUCCAACCUCUUCAUCCGACGCCGCCGCCUACGGUGGUAACUGUCACCAGCUGGACUUAUUCCCACCACAUCCAGAAAACUUGGUGGAAGAAAAGUAUACAUAUACCCAUGAUCAAGACAACGUUGCGUACUUCUUCUCUGCCGGGGACGGCGGAGCCACUACUACUCUCAACGGCCUCCUCGACGCCUCCAACGUCACCACCUCUUCCUCCAAUGACAACAGUAUGAGCAUCACCAGUUUGUCGCCAUCAGCUUCGCUAACCUACGCCUACGGAGGACAGAACAGCGAGCUUGCACGGACGGCGUUGAGGAACAGGGAGAGAGAGCCCAGUGAAGAAAAGUGGGUGUAUUACUCGGAGGUGGUCGAGAGGAAGGUGAAGGAGGAGGAGGUUACUAGCGGCGCCGCCGAUCUACGGUGGAAAGAUCCGGCCGACAAGACACGAAGGUUGUCUUUGAAGCUGGAUUAUCAGGAUAUUUUGAAUGCUUGGUCCGAUAAAGGCCCUCUUUACAUUCAUGCAGAUACUCCACAAACUGUCCCUGAUAUUAACGAUGAGUUUUUUGCCCAUGGGUGGAGUUGGGGAGGAUCAUGGACAGUACCAGUAUUGGCUGCUGGGACUGGAGUGAAGAAAGAAGAGGAAAUGAAGUUAGGAAAAAGAGAAGCUAGUGUCUUGAGGUACAAGGAGAAGAGGCGGAAUCGACUCUUCGCCAAGAAAAUACGUUAUCAAGUCAGAAAACUUAAUGCUGAAAAGCGUCCUCGUGUUAAGGGUCGAUUCGUCAAAAGAGAUUAG